AUGUCAUCGUCAUCUCAAUCGUCGUCACCGUUAAGCUUUAAAACGUUACGGUCAUCGCCACCAUCUGUGAAAUUCAUUGCACAAUUAACGCCAAGUGAAAAACGUGAUUUUCUCAAUUCAUUCGAUUUAGUAUUUUGUGAUUGUGAUGGUGUAAUAUGGCAUAAUUUAUAUGAAAUAAUACCUGGUGCUUCAGAGGCAAUUCGAUAUUUACGUGAACAAGGCAAAAAAGUCGUAUUUGUCACAAAUAACAGCAUUUCAUCUACGAAAGACCAGCUGAAAAAGUUCUCUAAAAGCAAUAUACCAAUUGAAGAGCAAGAUUUAGUACAUCCAGCGAAAACUAUAAGCGAUUAUUUGAAAAGUGAAAACUUUCAAGGGUUAAUCCUAUGCUUUGCUUCGUCAGCUUUUAAACAGCAUUUACGUGAUAGUGGAUUCGAUGUCGUAGAAGAGAAAGAACGACUUAUUGAUGGCUCCGUAAUCGAUUUGCAUCAUGCCAUAUAUAACAAAGAUCCCGUAAAGGCUGUUGUAAUUGAUAUUGAUUUUAAUUUAACUGCCUGGAAAUUAAUGAGAGCUCAAGUUUUGUUGAAGAAUCCCCAAUGUUUGUUUAUAGCUGGUGCUGCCGACCCACGCAUUCCAUUUGGUGGCCAUGAAUUGUUGGGUCCAGGAGCCUUUAUGCACAUUGUUGAAGAAGCCAAUCACCGAAAGGCCAAAGUCUUUGGUAAACCUGGAGCCGAGUUGGGAGAAUUAUUAAAACGUUCUUUCAACAUCAAUGAUCCUAAACGAGUUUUAAUGAUCGGUGACAGCUUACGAAGUGAUAUACAAUUUGGUAAAGAAUGUGGAUUUCAAACAAUGUUUGUAUUAACGGAACCAUUUGAGGUACAACAUUUGCAAUCGCUGGAAUUGAAUACGUUAAAUUGUCCCGAUUACGUCAUUGAAAAAUUGGCCGAUUUGAAUAAUCUUAUUUAA